GCGGCGGAGUGCGUGUUGUGAAUGAUUCCCCGUGUACAUUUUCGGAAAAAAUGCAGCCCCCUCCGAGAAAGGGCAACUACGUGAAAUUUUUGAAAACGCUGCACUCGGAACAGAUCAACAAAUUGGUUUUAAAAAAUCAGCACGAGUGCGACUUGCUGGAGGACAUACGGACGUUUAUUAUCAAGAGAUCUGCCAUUGAAAAGUCCUACUCAGAAGCAUUGCUUAAAAUCUCUUCGGCUUAUUUAAAUAAAAAGAUCCCCAACAUUCCUGACAUUAAACUGGAUGGAGGAGAGGAAAAAUGGAAUAUGUGGAACGUGUGGAGGACGGUGCUGGAGGAAAACGAGAAGCUGGCGAGAGCCCGGUUGGCGGCCGUCGAAGUUUUCCAACAGCAGAUCGCCGACGACGCCAAAAUCCUGCGAGCGCACAAAGUCCAAGCGUCGAAAAGAUGUGUAGAUCAACUAGCAAUUGUACAAAAAGAACUCCAAACUUGUGUCCAAGAUGUAGAUAAAACGAAAAAAUUUUAUUUCGAUGAGGAGCACGGAGCACACGAAGUUCGAGAUAAAGCUAGGGACAUAGAAGAAAAACUGAAGAAGAAGAAGGGUUCAUUUUUCCAAUCGAUUACUUCCCUACAGAAAAACAGCGCCAAAUUUUCUUCGAAACGAGACCAGCUGGAAGAAAAAUCCACCGGCGCUAGAAAUGACUACCUUCUGUGUCUUGCUGCAGCAAACGCUCAUCAAACUAGAUACUUCGUCGUCGACUUGCAACUCUGCAUGACCACGAUGGAGAGCGGUGUCUACGACAAGGUAGCCGAGUACCUUUCCCUGAUGGGCAGGACCGAGCUCCUCACCUGUUCCGCCAUGCAGAACUCCUUCAGCACCAUUCGCGAUCAAGCCAAGCAGCUCACCAGGGAGUACAACCUGCAGUGCUGCUACCUGUACUAUCCGGUACUGAAGCAGCACAUUCAAUACGAGUUCGAGCCCUGCGACGACGACCCCGUCGAUCACGUGACGGCGGAUCAUGACUCGGCUUCCGCCACACUCAGCAAGGAGGCCCGUAGGUGGGCCACCAAGAUUGCUAGGGAGAAUAACAAUGUAAGGGAGAGCGUGAGGAAGCUCCAGAUCUACAACGCGUUGAAGGAGUCUGGGCAGAAGGUAGAUCCCAACGACCAAAACGGGCCCGAUCUAGAAACGAAGAUAGAAGAAAUGAAACAGAACAUACGGAGGGCCGAAACGGCAAAGGCUAAAGCUGAAGCUCGGAUAGAGUGCCUUCGAGCAGGGGGAGUCAACGUGGAUGAGUGGCUUCAGGAAGCCGAGUCUCUCAAUGUUCAGGAUAUCCAGAGAUCGGCUAGUUCGCUGUCGGACCACCCCAGUUCCGACUCCUUCUACGACAGCGACUUCGCCGAUGGGGAAACUUUGGCGGAAACCAGAGCGGACAGUAAAGAGGAAGAGAGGAGAGAGAGCCAAUCCGACCAAUAUGAAAAUGUUGAGAUCGACGCUAUGUUAGAACAGUCACGGCAGACGAUAGAACAGUUGACAGCUGGGUGGAACGACCCCACGGAAGUGGACUGGGGCACGGAGGAACCUACGGAACCGACGGAAAAUGUCGUCCAGGUCGAGAGGACGCCCACGGCGCCGCUUUUGAGGUGUACAGCUUUAUAUUCGUACACGGCGCAAAAUCCCGACGAGCUGACGAUCGUGGAGAACGAGCAGCUGGAGGUGGUCGGAGAAGGAGACGGCGACGGAUGGCUGAGGGCUAGGAAUUACCGUGGAGAAGAGGGUUACGUCCCUCACAACUACCUGGACAUUGAACGGGAGCAGUCCGCCACCACGCCAGGCCUAACUACCCAGAUUUCUUUCUCUUCGGUGGACUACACCGUCGACAACGAGGAGGAGAGCCUACAGCAGCAGACGGAGACCACGCAAUCGCCCGAGCAGGUGUCCGUGAUUUCCAUACCGACGCAGAAGGUUGCGGAAGAACCGCCCGUCAGCUACUGCAUAGCCUUAUAUGAUUACGAUGGUGAAGGUGGAGAAGAACUGACCUUCGAAGAGGGCCAGAUAAUCAAGGUACUAAGUAAGUGUGCUCACAGCAUAGACGACGGCUGGUGGCAAGGCGAGCUCGAAGGCCAGAUCGGAAACUUCCCUUCGCUCGUUGUCGAGGAGUGCGACGAGUUUGGCGAGCCCCUGACGAACCAGUGGGACGAAACGCCGCCGCCUUCGGCGCCUCCCGUCUUCACGCCGCCCGACGUCCCCAGUUACCUAGUCGAGGCCGAGCUUGAUGAGGUAAACGGCGUCGACAGUCCCCAGCCUCAGCAGCCGCCGCCCGAGCCGCCCGCGGAACUGGUGGAAAGCAAACCCGCCCCACCACCACCGCCACCUCCUGGUGAUCCCCAGCAGCAGGGAGGCAGCGGGGCGCCUGCGUACGGCUUUGCGAUGGCGCUCACUCGGGACCAACAGAACCAAUACGGAAGUCAAUUCAGUAACAAUAACGAUACGUCCGUCACCGUGCCGAUGAUUGAUGUACCUUGCGUCGAGAUUACCAAUGAGGAAGGCCAAGAAAUAGACCAACCCACCGAUAAAGAGGACGGCGACUUUGGCCUUUGCGCGGCCCAGAUAGUCAUCACGGCGGCCACCCCGAUGAUGGAAGAACCAGACCACCCGUUCCCUCCUCCUGAAGAGACGACCGUCAAUCACAGGGAUGAUUCGGACGACACGAUCCUGGAGGAAGACGAGGAAGACCUAGAAGAACACAAAGAAAACUCCACAGAACUAGAAUCCACGCAAAUAGACACUACGGAGGAUAUAGAAGACACCAUAGACGACCAUCCCGGUGAGUCCCACUUCGUGGUGAGCAGCAGUACGGGCAGCGACGGCGAGACGACGGGACCCAGCACCGCGGAGAAUUCGGUGAGUCAGGCGCCCUCUGUGGACAUCGAGCCCAAACAGUUGGUGGGUGGACGCGCCAGUAUUCCAGACGAGCUGGAGCCUCAUCAGCUGGCGCGGCUGCAAGACCUGAAGGAAUCCAAUGCCUAGAGAAUUAUUAUUUAAGUCGUUGAUUGCGGUAUUCAGAAAUUUAUCUAUUCGUUCGAAGAACUCAUAGAUCAAUGUAUGCUUCACAAAUUAUUAAGCAACUCGCGGCUGAGCAAGCAUGUCGGACUGGCGUAUGAUGAUGAUGGUGACUAGUUGAAUUAUUUUAUUGUUUAAUAUGUUGUUAGAGGAGCGUCUAAAUUGUUUCUCAAGGAUCUGUAUUUAAUGAAAAGGCAAAACGUAUUAUUUGCCACACCUCUCAAUAAUUCAAGUCAAUGGACAUUCUUAAUUUUUAGGCAUAAUUUUAUGAUAUCUGAAUAAAUCUUCUGGUAUGCA